AUGAAUGAGGUUGAUACCAUAGGCGAGGCUAACGAGGUUGAUACCAUAGGAGAGGCUAACGAAGUUGAUACCAUAGGAGAGGAUAACGGGGUUGAUACCAUAGGAGAGGCUAACGAAGUUGAUAACAUAGGAGAGGCUAACGAGGUUGAUACCAUAGGAGAGGCUAACGAGGUUGAUACCAUAGGAGAGGAUAACGAGGUUGAUACCAUAGGAGAGGCUAACGGGGUUGAUACCAUAGGCGAAGCUAACGAGGUUGAUACCAUAGGAGAGGCUAACGAGGUUGAUACCAUAGGAGAGGAUAACGAGGUUGAUACCAUAGGAGAGGAUAACGAGGUUGAUACCAUAGGAGAGGAUAACGAGGUUGAUACCAUAGGAGAGGCUAACGAGAAUUUUUGUAAAGAAGCAUUUUCCCACUCCUAUUACAAUACCAUAUGA